GUCAACAAACCAUCACAUGAUGAGGAAGAUUUAGGGGAGGUUCUGUUUACCUUUAAAUAACUAAUUAAUACAGGUGUGACAUGCUGUAGAUGAUUAUGCCUGGACCGGACGAAGACAUGAUUCGCAGUACGGGCGGCCAGGUUGACGACCUGACCAUGGCCCUGAUAGACGCUGCCUACGACCGUGAUGACGAGUGCCAGGAACAGAUUUGUAACGCUCUGUUCGACAUGGGCAGACAGAAGCCGGCUUUGGUCCUUAGCUCCUGUUACGCCUACCUCAAAAAACAUUCUAAGCUGGUGAAGGAGCACAGGGUGGUGCUGUUACAAUGUAUGGAGAGGAUCAUCAAAGAAAAGCUGGGCGACAUCGACACUGGUCUCGCAAUAGAUGUGGUCAAGCAGGCAGCACUGGAACUCACUCUGUCAAAGGAAGUGGUACCAGAUUGGCAGACGGCGGCGAGCGGUGUGUUGGUAGCCAUUGGUGCUAAAUACUGCGAUGAAGUGAUGGAUGAAAUGCUCCAGCGCUUCCAACCUGGUCAGCUUCCCCAUUUCUUUGUAGUUCAGACUAUCGGCAACCUCGCCCAAGCAAAUGUUUACAGAAUGGUACCACACUUAACUGCAGUACUUGGGACAAUGCUACCGAUGCUGGGUAUGGCCAAACAUGACAACAUGAGAUGGGUCUUCUCCGCAGCUCUGUCAAAGUUUUGUGAGGCUGUCAUCGAGUACUGUGCCAACAUUGACAAGGCUCCCGAUCAGUCGGUCACCAAGGAUCGCUUCUCACAGGAGGUGGCCUCCGCUUUUGAUGUCCUGUUCAACUCCUGGCUUCAGUCCAAGGAAAUUAAGCUUCGCCUGACGAUUGUGGAAGCACUAGGUCACAUGACACACCUGAUGGCCAAGGAAAAGCUAGACGAACAGUUGCCACGGAUACUGCAGGGAAUCCUGGGACUUUACAAAAGACAUCCCGAACCUCUGCACAUAACAACGGGUCUGUGUAGUGUACUGGACGCCGUCUGUGUAGAGGAUAACACUGUGCUGGAGCCACACUUGGAACAACUGCUGGGCACCCUCUUCCCGCAGAUCUUCAAUACCCCAGACUACAAUAAUCCAAACAGUAUCAAGAACCACAACGAAGUCCUCCGCUGCUUUGCUAUACUAGCUCGUUCCUUCUCUGGCAAACUGACGGGAAUCCUGCUAGCCAAGCUGGAAAACAACAACGAAAAGACCAAGAUUGGCAUUCUGACCAUAUUUAAACAUCUGAUAAAUGCUGCAACGGAGUCUAUGGCUGACAAACAGGAAGUGGUUGUGUCGGGACUCAAGUCGAUGGUACUGGAACAGAACAACAAGAUUAAGAAGAUCUUUGCUCAGGUGGUUAUCGCAAUGGCCCACCAUAACUACCUGGAGCUGGAAGGCGGACAACAGAUGAUGGAGUUUAUUGUCAAACAAUGCUCCCUCCCUAACGACCCCCCAGGGAAGAGAUCUCCAGACCCUGAGUAUGUCACUAACAAACAGCUGAAGCUGAUGUGUGACAACGUGCUUCAGCUUCUCACUACCACGGUGGAGGACAUGGAACAGGUGCUGUGGCCAUACCUGCUGGAGCUAAUCGUCCCGGAGCAGUACACUGAGGCGGCCGGUGUCCUCUGUAAAUGUCUCUCUCACCUGUCCAACAAAAAACGCGAAGAAAAUGCAGACGACUAUGAAAUUGAUUAUGAAACUCAAGCUAACGUGCCCAAGCCCCCGGUGAUGAUAGCGAGGCUCAUGGUGUUGGCGGGACGCCCAACCAAUGGAAGAGACCGAGGUGUACAUGUAUUAAUGACGAUGAAGGGACUUGUUCCUAACCUUGAUGAGAACCUGGUCGACCUCUGGGACACUGUUAUCCCUAAACUCAUACAGUUUCUGGAAGAUGCAACAAGAGAGGACACAUUUUCACAACAGAAUUGGGAAGAUCUGUUUUUGAAGCUCCUGUCAAAGAGCUUGGAUGUAAUGGAAAACGAGGACUGGACCGCAGAGCUUGGUGAAACCUUCGGCAAUCAAAUCAGUUUGUACAACAACUAUUCGGAGGAAAAGAACUUCCUGUACAAGUGUUUGGGCGUUGUUAUGAGAAAGUCUAAUAAGAAAGACUUUGUCAAUAAACAUUUAGACCUGAUCUUCAGCACCAUCAGACACUCCGACCAGACAGAGAGAGAGGGUUGUGCUAUUGCUAUGGGAUUUUGUGCAGCCUCCCACUUGGAUGCAGUCCUAACUAAGCUGGAAAGUGUUGCCAAAAACGAGAUGUCGCAAAAGUCAGGCGGACUCUUCAGCUUCAUGAAGUCACAAGGCGAUAGGUCAGAAGCUGACAUAGAGAGGACGAAGGCUACAUUGAUGUUGUGUUACGGUUUCGUGGCCCUGUUUUCGCCCCCAACCCUGAUCGUGUCCCGGAUGGAAGCCACCAUUCUCCGUGGCAUACAGCCCUACUUUGCAAACGUCAAGAUGGAGACAGUGGACAUGAAGAGAUGUUGUAUACGCACUAUAGAGUUGAUCGGGAAAACUUUGGACAACAUUUCACGUCGUCGGAAACUUGAUUUCAAUUUCACUCAGCGCUCCGAAUACCUAGAGUUUUUACAGAGCUACAUGAAGGCAGAAUCUACGACUUCCAUCACGAAUGAGACAAGAGCGCUUGCGAUGAAAUCUUGCGCUACCUUGGUUAAAUUGGAUCCUAAGCUGUCUGAGGCAGAGAUCUUUGAUUUAAUUAAGACAGCGACAGACUGUCUGUUCGUUUUGCCGAAGGAGGGGCUGUCACCUAAGAAAGGAAAAGAGGAGGCCUACGACCAGAUGCUGGAAGCUGAGGUGUUACUACAGUCUACCACUGAGGCCAUGCACGACCUUAUCUGUGUGAUCCUCAGCAAGGAACUCACACCCAAUGGCCUUGACUGUGUCUUCAAGCACAUGAUGAAAUGGUUUUUCGAGCUAGAUGACCAUCGACGGGUGCGGUCCCUGGAAACACUCCUCAUGGCAGAGGAGUACAUACUGGAGAACAUGGACCCCUCUUCAGAGGAUAUUAAAGGCUUUGAGAAUGAGUGUACUGUGUUAGCUCGCCUGGUCCCUCGCUGUACUGAUCCUAACACCCAGGUACGACAGCUAGCAGUGGACUGUAUACAGGUCGUACUCAAGAUGGCCUCCAGAAUAGACGGAAAUCCAGCAGAUUAUAAGGAUCCAAUGAUUGACGCCUUGUCAACGCUCAAAGAACGGCUGGAGAAGGGUGACCCCACUGUACUGUUUAGUGUCAUCAACGACCUUGCCAAGGUGAUAGCUAAGAAGUUACCUGCAGACCAGUUACGAACCUUCAUGGAGGUUCUACAGGAGGGACUGCUAGACCCCCAAUCACACAGCUCCUCUGGGGCCUGUGUGGUACUGAAUGGAAUGAUGAAGGCCCGCGGCGGAGAAGUUCUCAAACAGGUGGGUAACAUCGUGUCGUCUCUCCACGAGAAGCUAGGCCAGAUAGAGUUUGCCCAGACGAGGACGGGCACGCUCCGCACCAUACGUACACUCACCAGCUACCAUCUUAGUUCCGUGAUGCAAUCACUGCUCAACUUCCCGCUCCCUUAUGAUGCGAAUGUGGUUGAGAUUUGGCAAAUAUUGUCCCAAGACGCUCAGAUAGCCUCCAGUAUGAUAGACCACCUACUGGAGACUUUACAGCGAACUCUGCCAUACGAGGAACGCACCGACGGUGACCGGACAAUUAAAAACGCCACAGUAGCCCCCUUGGCUGUUACAUGUGCUAUGAAGGUGAUAUUUGACGUUGAGGAGACGGAGGAACAGGUGAAUAAGAACUACCACCGAUUGUUUGCUGCCCUCGUGUUACGGAUGGGGUCAUCUGUCGGGGUCAAACCACUCAAACAGAAAUCUAAAACAUUGAGACAAAAGUUGUUUCCUCAGGACAGAGAGGAAAAACCAAAGGAUAAGAAACGGGCUGCAGCUUUGGCCGCCUCAUCUCCAAAAAUACCCACCUGUAGUCAGUCGGCUGUAGCAGCAUUUAAGUCAUUUCUGGAGCGGACAAAGACGAAGGACAUCCAAGAGGGUCUCGAGGAGGAGGAGUGCUGGGGUAAACUAGAGGAUGAGGACAAUUAUACCGAGGCCUUUACAACGCUCACCAGACUGAUAGUAACCAGUACAGUGGCAGGGCCCCAUACCUCACAGAUCGUUGCCUGCCUUACUUCCUCUCUGUCCAGUCUCUACGAAACACAGAGGGUCACCACUGCAGCCUUCUUUGCCGAGUUGAUCAACCAGAAAUGUGCAGAUGAUGAUACCCUAGUGGAGCUGGUGAUGAACAGUCUGUUGGGGCGACUCGUCGAUUCCUCUCACGUCGUACGCAUGCUAUGUAUCCGCGGGCUGGGCAAUGUGUCGUCCAUGGGACAGGACCAGGUCCAGAGGUAUUCCACUACGGUGCUGUCGGCCAUGAUGGCUGGUAUGGAUGACAAAGAGGACCCAGACGAUGACAUCACAAUCCAGGCAAUGAGCGGAUUGUCCCGUGUUCUGCCAGAGAUAGAUGAGAGCCACAUCCGGGCCAUCCUCAUCAACGUGGCUCUCAGGAUACGACCCUGCUUUGAAAAGGAGAAGGAGGGAGUCCGAGCUCAGUCGUACAUCCUGUUUGGGAAUCUGUCCCGGUUUGGGGAUGGCCCCUCCAAGGCUCCGUUCUUGGAACAGAUCCACAGCAACCUUGUCAGCCUCCUGCUUCACCUGAACGACCCCAAAAAGGAGGUCAUCAAGGCCUGUAAAGGAGCAUUGAGACAGCUUGGCCCCCUCAUGGAGUCGGAGGAUGUUAACAGCAAAUUCCAGAAACACCUACUUGAGGAUGGUAACUUACAUUACGGAGAGUUUAUGAAUGACCUAUCAAAAGUAUUAAUUCAAGAUUUCCCAGAUAAAGUUAACUUCUAUGCAAUGGGUUGUGUUGCGUUCUUCAAAAGUUCGUGGCCGGAGAUAAAGAGUAAUGCAGCGUUAUUUAUAGGAUUUUUACUUGUGAAUUUACCAAAUGGAAAACAUGGACUAAUCUCCAAAGAACACAUAUGCUCAGCAUUGAUAAUGUUACUGAAGGAUUCCACACCUGAAGUCCGAGCUAAGGCUGCGGAAGCUAUAAGUCUGCUCUACGAAUACUGAAAGAACUGCAAACUAGCUCUAGUGAAUGUGACAAUGAAACGGGCUCUUCAAAUAUUGAACGAUUUAUGAGGAGUUUUCUAUAUGAAGCGGGCUCAACAAAUAUUGAAAGAUUUACGAAGUGGUUCACUUACAUUAUUAACCCUUUCACCCCUAUGUCACUUUAGUAGCUUCUACUAUGCACUGAUCUGGUAAAGUCCAUUAUGGUCUACAGUGGUGAAAGGGUAAAGUAGGCUGAACAAAUAUUGAAUUAUUUAUGAAGCGUUCUGUUCGAUUAUGAAGUGGGCUUACCUGAUAUUGAAUGCUUUAGGACGUGUUCGCUUCAGUUAUUGAAUGAAAUGCGUACAAGUUGACCUGCUCAAGAAAAAUCAAAGGAUCAUCAGAAACGUGAAGAAAAGCUGACAAGAACAGUCAAUGAUACAAAGUUAUCAUCUUAAGUUAUAUAUUUAUGUACUGUAUUAGCUUCAAGUAAACACUACAUGAAGUUUAUGAUGUUCAAGACUUGAGAGAAUUUCACCAUUUUUGUCAGUCAGAGUUUUAUUAAUGAUAUUUAUGGGAUUUUUUGUAAC